AUGGAGAUUGCGAGCGGCCCUUCGUCCCGGCGCCAUUCAGGGCGUUUGCCCCAUAUCCACAAGGUGGAACGACCUCCAAAGCAAAAUCUUCUGAGAGAUAUUCAAGAUUCCUUGAAGGAAACUUUCUUCUCCGAUGAGCCUUUACGCCCUUACAAGGACCAACCGGGUCCAAGAAAGUUUCUUCUUUUCCUCCAACAUUUCUUCCCCAUUCUUGAAUGGGGAAGAACCUACAAUCUUUCCAAAUUCAGAGGUGACCUUAUCGCCGGGCUUACUAUUGCCAGUUUGUGUGUUCCUCAGGAUAUUGCAUAUGCAAAGCUUGCAAAUCUGGAACCCCAAUAUGGGUUGUACUCCAGCUUUGUUCCACCUCUUAUUUAUGCUUUCAUGGGUAGCUCGAGAGAUAUUGCCAUUGGACCAGUGGCUGUCGUGUCUCUGUUGCUUGGGACACUGCUGCAGAAUGAGAUCCCAGAUUCACAAGCUAAUAAACUUGCUUAUAGGCGUCUAGCAUUCACCGCUACCUUCUUCGCUGGCAUCACUCAAUUCGCACUUGGUUUUUUCAGAUUGGGUUUCUUAAUCGACUUUCUUUCCCAUGCCGCCAUUGUCGGGUUCAUGGCUGGAGCUGCUGUUACCAUAGCCCUUCAGCAGCUCAAAGGUCUUCUCGGUAUAAAAAACUUCACGAAGAAGACUGACAUCGUUUCUGUUAUGCGCUCAGUUUGGAGCGCAGCACGUCACGGGUGGAACUGGCAGACUAUAGUCAUAGGAUUGUCAUUCUUGGCAUUCCUUCUGUUUGCCAAGUACAUCGGAAAAAAGAACAAGAAAUUCUUUUGGGUUGCUGCCAUUGCUCCUUUGACCUCUGUUGUAAUAGCCACCUUUUUCGUGGGUAUCACCCAUGCGGAAAAGCAAGGUGUUUCAAUUGUGAGACAUAUAGAUAGGGGCAUCAAUCCAUCCUCUUUUCAUGAAAUCCAUUGGACUGGAGAAUUUCUUCUCAAAGGUCUUAGGAUUGGUGUCGUGGCGGGUAUGGUAGCUCUAACGGAAGCUGUAGCAAUCGGAAGAACAUUUGCUGCAAUGAAGGACUACCAGCUGGAUGGAAACAAAGAAAUGGUGGCACUGGGAAGUAUGAACAUUGUUGGUUCCAUGACAUCUUGCUAUGUAGCUACAGGAUCCUUCUCUCGCUCAGCAGUAAAUUUCAUGGCCGGCUGCAAAACAGCCGUUUCCAACAUCGUGAUGUCUUGUGUUGUUCUUUUAACUUUGGUACUCAUCACCCCAUUGUUCAAGUACACCCCGAAUGCUGUACUUGCUUCCAUCAUCAUAGCUGCUGUGGUAGGCCUAGUUGACAUCGGAGCUGUAAUACUACUGUGGAAGAUUGACAAAUUCGAUUUCGUUGCUUGCAUGGGUGCCUUCUUUGGAGUAAUUUUUAAAAGCGUUGAGAUAGGUCUCCUAAUUGCAGUCGCAAUAUCCUUUGCCAAAAUCCUCCUGCAAGUCACCAGGCCACGAACUGCAUUACUUGGGAAGCUCCCAGGAACAAAUGUUUACAGGAAUGUGGAGCAAUAUUCCAAUGCAACAACUGUUCCUGGCAUUCUGAUCAUUAGAGUUGAUUCUGCAAUUUACUUUUCAAACUCCAACUACAUUAAGGAGAGGAUUUUAAGAUGGCUAAGCAAUGAAGAGGAAGAAGCAAAGAAACUAAACCAAUCCGGAAUCCAAUUCAUUGUCAUUGAAAUGUCACCUGUUACUGAUAUUGACACUAGUGGGAUCCAUUCCUUCGAAGAAUUACAUAAGACUCUUCAGCACAGAGAAGUGCAGCUUGUUUUAGCAAACCCAGCUCCAAUAGUGACUGAAAAGCUGUACGAGUCCAAGUUCGUAAACUUAAUCGGCGAGGACAAGAUCUACCUAUCCGUUGCAGACGCUGUCACGACACUCACUCCAAAAACUCAAGAACCCUGAUGCUAAUUUAGGAGGGAUCGACGAGGCAGCUGGU